GCCAAAAAAACGCCAAUAACGCUUUCUUCUCUUUCUCUUCUUCUUGCUCUUGUGCUUGGAUACAGCCAGGAAGCAAGGCAAACAAACACGGCAACGGACACUGCUUUACUGCUUUGCUGCGAUCAGCACCCGCCACACACAUGCGCUGGGAUUCUGUUGGCCUUCCUUGAAUCCUGAGACACACCCGCACCCGCGCGCGCACGUACUUACGUACGUACAAAGGAGCAGUACACUCAAGAUGGACGACUAUUCGGAGAACACGUUUGUGAUCCGGCCGAACUUCCAGGAGAAGUUUCGGCCCUCGGUAGUACAACAGAUCAUCCACGAUGUGCUGCAGUCUUACCUCGGCGACAAGACAUACGACAGUGAAGCGGCACUGCAAUGGACACAGGAAAUCUGCGACGAAGUCAAACAAAAGCUCAAAGAGUUGAAACUGCCACGGUACAAGUUUGUUGUGCAAGGGACCAUUGGGGAGCAGCGCGGGGAGGGCGUCAAGGUUGGCGCGAGGUGUUUGUGGGACUCUGACACAGAUAACUUGGCACAAGAUGUCUACGUCAAUGAUUCCUUGUUCUGUGUUGUGGCUGCAUAUGGCGUAUACUACUACUGAGAGCGAGUGUGUGUGUGUGUGUGUGUGUGUGUGUGUGUAUGUGUGCGUGUGAGGGGUGGGGGAGAGUGUGUGACUGUGUGAGCGGUGGGGGAGAGAACAUGUGUGUUAUGUGUGUUAUGUGUGUGUGUGAGAGUGAGAGAGAGAAUGUGUGUGUGUGUGAAAUUGUGUGUCUGUCUGUCUGUGUCUGUGUCUGUCUGUCUGUGUCUGUG